AUGGCGCAGUGGGGCAAAAGUAAAGCUGAGCCACUAGCAGCUGUGAAUGAAAAUGAAAACGAUGAUGACUUUGAUGCGUGCCUUGUCAACGUCGUGGUGGCCAUUUACAGCUACGAGCCCACUCACGACGGCGACCUCGGCUUCGACAAAGGAGACAAACUCAAGAUCCUCAACAAGGAUGAUCCAGAAUGGUAUCUGGCAGAGUCUCUCACCACAGGCCAGCAGGGCUACAUCCCCUACAACUUUGUCGCAUUGUCCACCGUGGAGACCGAACCGUGGUUCUUCAGGAACAUUUCGAGAAACGAAGCCAUGAGGCUGCUCCUCGCUCCUGGGAAUACGCAGGGUUCCUUCCUGAUUCGAGAGAGCGAGACCGCCAAAGGAUCAUACUCGUUAUCAGUGAGAGAUCUGGACCAUAACACAGGUGAAGGAGUGAAGCACUACAGGAUCCGCAACAUGGACAAUGGUGGCUUCUACAUCACAGCGAAGAUAUCCUUCAACUCGCUGAAGGAGCUCGUCCAGCAUCACUCACGUGAUGCAGACGGGCUGUGCACAAAGCUGGUGAAACCAUGUCAGUCGAGGGCGCCGCAGAAGCCCUGGUGGCAGGACGAGUGGGAGAUUCCUCGUGAGUCCCUGAAACUGGAACGCAGGCUCGGAGCUGGGCAGUUUGGAGAAGUCUGGAUGGGUGUCUACAACAACGACAGGAAAGUGGCAAUCAAGAAUCUGAAAAUGGGCACUAUGUCAGUGGAAGCUUUCUUGGCAGAAGCCAACAUGAUGAAGAACCUGCAGCAUUCUCGCCUCGUCCGCCUCUUUGCGGUGGUUACCCAGGAGCCGAUCUACAUCGUCACCGAGUACAUGGAAAAUGGUAGCCUGGUGGAUUACCUGAAAACAACAGAGGGGAGCAAUUUGCCCAUGAACGUCCUGAUAGAGAUGUCAUCUCAGGUGGCUGACGGCAUGGCAUUUAUUGAGCAGAAAAAUUACAUUCAUCGAGAUCUGCGAGCUGCCAAUAUUCUCGUCUCUCAUGAGCUCAUCUGCAAGGUUGCUGACUUUGGACUCGCACGACUCAUAGAGGACAACGAAUACACAGCGAGAGAAGGUGCAAAGUUCCCCAUCAAAUGGACGGCCCCAGAAGCUAUUAAUUAUGGCACCUUCUCCAUAAAAUCUGAUGUGUGGUCAUUUGGGAUCCUCCUUACAGAAAUAGUGACAUAUGGACGCAUUCCUUACCCUGGUAUGUCCAACCCAGAGGUAAUCCAGAACCUGGAGCGGAGCUACAGAAUGCCACAGCCUGACAACUGCUCCGAUGCUCUUUAUAGCAUCAUGUGUCACUGCUGGAAGGAGAAUCCGGAGGAGAGACCUACGUUCGAGUACCUGAGGAGUGUUCUGGAGGAUUUCUUCACAUCCACAGAGAGGCAAUACCAGGAAUAGCUAGGAAUAGACACAUACAAUAAACAGAUUCAAACUAAGGCCCAGCCUGUGACAGAGGAUGCUGGAUUUAGAUUUUUUUCUUUAGAAGAAUGCAUGCCUUUCUACUGAUAGCAGACAUUUUCCAAGUUUCUGCAUGAAAUAUAUUCUGACGUGACCACUUAGAUAUGAUACUAUUACCUGUGGAACUAUGAAUAUGAACCAGAAACAGCUGGAUCAGAGCCAGCAGCAGAGGGGAGAGUGAUCGCCAAGCUGCUUGAAUUAACUGGGGACUGACUGAUGUAGCUGGAUAAGCAGCUGCUCUCCUGGUGCUUGUUGUUAACGUGUAAAUACUGUUCACUGCUUCAGCUGUGUUUUACCUCUGCUGUUUAAUAAAUGUUUUUGAAAGUGUUUUAAUUUCAGUAAAAAAAAGAGAAGUUGUUCAUGAAUGUUGUUUGUUACCAGAUGACAUGUGCAUUAUUUUAGUUUAUCGUUGCUGAUGUUGCAGUGCGUUACCCUGAAAUCACGAGAGCCGUCAAACUAUUGCUAUUGCUCGAGUACUGUAGGUUUUGGGGUAACUUCUGAGUCUUCCAUUGAUCUUGGGUUCUUUAAACUUGUACUGCAUUUUGUUUUAAAGGCAAAUAAUAUUUUACAAUGCUGUAUUUAUUUUAGGGGCAGCGCUACUUGCUUAUUGUAGGAUUUUAUUUACGUAACACAGACGUUUAUAUUUGAGAAAUGUGCCUCUGAUUAAAUAUGGAGAAAGCAGCUGCAUCAUUAAAAUGCU